AUGUCUGGUAUUGCUCGUGGACGCCUUGCAGAGGAACGAAAAUCAUGGCGAAAGAAUCAUCCUCAUGGUUUCGUUGCCAAGCCUGAAACGCUCCCUGAUGGAACUAUCAAUUUGAUGGUCUGGCACUGCACUAUUCCUGGCAAGAUCGGGACUGAUUGGGAAGGUGGUUAUUACCCACUGACAAUGAUCUUCAGUGAAGACUACCCUAGCAAGCCACCUAAGUGUAAAUUCCCUCAAAGUUUCUUCCACCCUAAUGUGUAUCCGUCUGGAACUGUUUGCUUGUCUAUACUUAAUGAGGAUAGUGGGUGGAGACCAGCUAUAACAGUGAAGCAAAUUCUUGUGGGUAUUCAGGACCUGCUUGAUCAGCCUAAUCCUGCUGACCCUGCCCAAACAGAAGGCUAUCAUCUAUUCAUCCAGGAUGCAGUGGAGUAUAAAAGAAGGGUCAAGCAGCAAUCAAAGCAAUAUCCACCUCUUGUCUAG